GAGGCGGCCUUCAUGAAGCUCUUGGCCGUCAACACGGAGCUCUCUGAGGAGCAGCAGACGGUCCUCAGAGGCUACGAGACCGACUACGAGCUGGGAGCAAAAGCUGCACUCCGGGCCUUUAUCGAUUACUGCAUACAGAUCGUGAAGUCCGUGCCGCAGCAUGGGGUGAACCUCUCACCUUUGCAGCAGCCCGACGCAACGCCAGCUGCAGCCUUGGAGGCCGUGCGCGACGCUUCACGGGUCAACGACCAGCGCAGAGAUGCCUGGGAUAAGUGGCAAAAGUCUGUCGACUGCUGGCGUGACGUUCCGGAAGCCUUCGAGUCGCGGCGGGAUUUGGCAGAAGCGAACUUCGACAAGCGGGCGGGAGAGGCAAAAGCCAAGGACCUUAGGCGGAUUGCCGAAGAGGUCAAGGCGAAGAUUGACGCAUGCGGCCCAGAUGGAGAGAAAUGCGAGUCCCAAUUGGCAAGGAUCCACGACGACUGGGUGAAAGCAACAGAAGAGUACGACAGAGCUGCCGAGGCUCCUUCCAAAGAGCAGCAGCUGGAGAAGGGUGCCAAAGAACUGCGGAAAGCAUUGUCCGGCAAGAGUUUGGUCUUCAAUGACCAUCCAUGGACAGACCGGGAGCCUCCCAGCACCGUGGAGAAGAAGAUGCAGCGCUCCUGGGAUGCGUCCGAAGUUGAAGCCAACCAGGCCCUGAUUCGUGAGAUCGCUGAGAUCCUGAAGAAAUAUCCGAAUCUGACUUUACGGAUCAAGGGCAUCUCCGACGGCUCUGGCUCGGCUGACAAUCUUACCCAGGUGGCUUUCGCCAAGGAUUUCGAGACAGACUUUCCGACGGAGGUGAUGGACAAGACUUUGCCCUAUGCUCAGGGCCGUGUGUUAACGGUCAAGCGCAUGCUGGUGGAAGAAGGCAUUGCCCUGGAUCGGAUGUCCUCGCAGCUGCAGGAGGGGAAGAACAGGUCGGUGGACCUUGCUGUGGAGUAG